CGCCUCGCUCCGCCGCCGCCUCCUCCGCGCUCGGCGGUCGGUCAGAGGGCCGGAGCGAGAAGAUGGCGAAGACGUACGACUAUCUGUUCAAGCUGCUGCUGAUCGGAGACUCGGGCGUGGGCAAGACCUGCCUCCUGUUCCGCUUCUCGGAGGACGCCUUCAACACCACCUUCAUCUCCACCAUCGGAAUUGACUUUAAAAUCCGAACGAUAGAACUCGAUGGAAAGAAAAUCAAGCUUCAGAUCUGGGACACAGCAGGUCAGGAAAGAUUCCGAACAAUCACGACGGCAUACUACAGAGGAGCCAUGGGAAUUAUGCUGGUGUACGACAUCACAAAUGAGAAGUCCUUUGACAAUAUUAAGAAUUGGAUCAGAAACAUUGAAGAGCAUGCCUCUUCAGAUGUGGAAAGGAUGAUCCUGGGUAAUAAAUGUGAUAUGAAUGACAAAAGACAAGUGUCCAAAGAAAGAGGGGAAAAGUUAGCAAUUGACUAUGGGAUUAAAUUCUUGGAGACAAGUGCAAAAUCCAGUACAAAUGUAGAAGAGGCAUUUUUUACACUUGCACGAGAUAUAAUGACAAAACUCAACAGAAAAAUGAAUGACAGCAACUCAUCAGGGGCAGGCGGGCCAGUGAAAAUCACAGAAAACCGGUCCAAGAAGACCAGUUUGUUCCGCUGUUCGCUGCUCUGAUGAACUCUUCCUUUCUGAGAGACUGCAGCGCACCGAAGGGCCCUUUCCUGCUUUUCUGAAAGCACAGGUCACCCAGCCGCAGAGCCACCCCGCCCGGCUGUUUCUGAGAGCAUCACGGAACUUCCCUCUCCGGACAGAUCGCCACGUGGACUCAAGCCUUGCUUGCAAGCAAAAGGCCAGGCUCCUCUUUCCAAGGCCGGAAGCAAUGAUGUGGAGACAUCCCAGGACCUAACUGGUUUCCCUUUGUUUUAUUGCCUAUUGCAGACGCUGCUUACCUGCCUUUUUUUUUGUUGUUGUUAUUUUUAACUCUGCACCUCAGUGUUAGCCUUUCCCCAUUAUGGUACAAUCUCACACUCAUCCUGGCAUACUUCUGUGUGUCAAACUUCAACACAAAUUUGUAUGGGGAUACUCAAAAGACAACAGAAUAAUAGGCAGAGGUGGGUAUACUAAAAUGAGUUUGGAUCACAGGGCCAAAUGUUACUGCACUGGUAUCAUUUAUUGAAGGGCUUUGAUUUGUGAAUUUAAGAAUCACUAAAUUCUUAUAAAUUUUAUUUUAAAAAUCCAUAACAAUGUCCAUCUGGCCAUAGCAUCUUUGUUGCUUUGAGUUGGGAACAGCUUUUCUUUACUGCUGAUCUUUUGGCCAGCAUCUAAAUAGCUGAAUGAAUCACUUUCUGAUUGAUUAUCUCUGCCUAAUCUACGCAGUUGCAUUUGGAAGUCACUCAUAUCUCACUUUCCCUGAGGUUUAUAUUUCCUAUUAUUUCCCUUAUUUGAGUUUCCAUAAUUACUUAAUUCUCUAAAGCAAAUUACAUAUUCAAACGUGGUUGUCUGUUUCUGUUUGUGAACUUCUAGAGAUAAAAUUUUACCUAGGGGGAGGAGAAGUACAUCAUUUAGGGUUUUACAUCAGCUUCUAAAUGUGGUUCUAAAUGUGGUUCAAAAAUAUAAUUUAUUUUUCCUUAGUAUCACCCUUUAGUUUGUAACACCGACGUCUACCACUAUCCCUUGUCUGUGAGUGUUAAGCAAACUUAGGUUUAGAUUGCAGGAAGAAUGCCUGCCUGCAAGGGAGAUGAACUUGUUGAUAUAUGUUUAAGAAUAGCUCUUAGUAAUAGUGAAAAUAAUGAUUUUUUGGGGAGGGGGUUCUGUUAUGGUGUUUUUACAACGAUAAGAUUAGCCCUAGCAUAUCAUAUCCCUAGGGAACCUUUGCCUUUUCAUUAGCAAAAAAAAAAAAACAAAAAAACCGAUCAAGAUGUCAGCAGCUGUGGUUGGAUGUGUAGACUCCCAUCUGCUGGGUUCAUUGUGACAAGGACUUGGUUCAGUCGUUCAGAGCCAAAGCUAGCGAAAAGCUUAGUUGUGAAACACUGUACUACUACUCCUUCUGUAAAUAAAACCAUCACACGAGAGAAGAGUAUUUAGUGUUAACUCACGUGCCAAAUUCUGCUUCUAAUGGCCCCCUAGCCUUUGGUGUCACAAUGCAGGCUGAUGACUAAGGAAAUUAAUUCUGUUAGUCAUCUGUCUCCUUGAUAGUCGCCAUGGAGGCUCCUAGCCUAGCGAUGGAAGUAGAAAUGGACUGACUACUCUCACAGAGAAUUCUGCUUCACAUUAAGACAUUGUGUUUCAGUGCUUGGACCAGUCAGCCUUUGAUCCUUAUCUGAAGACUCAGUUCAGGGGCUGCACUAUUUUUGGUAGGUAUGCUGAACUUACUUUGGACAUAAUUCAGUCUCCUUGUUUUUUUUUUUUUUUUUUUAAUGCUUACCUGUGGGCUUAAAGCUUACCUGUUGCUGUUCCAAUAUUAAUUGUAGAUGUGUUAUUGAAAGCUGGUUGUCAGUUGACCAUCUUCAAGUUAGAUACAUUUUUGAAAAAGACAAAGUAAUUUCUUUGAAAAAAGAAAAAAAAAGGCUUGUAUUCAUUAAUUUACUAGAGAAAAAAAAACCAAGCAGUUAGGCUUUCUGGAUGAUAAUGAAAUACUUGGCAAAAGGUGUGUGUGUUAAGACACCAUUAUGAAUGUAACUCUUAGUAUUUUUACCUCUGACUAUUUUGGUGUCUUAACACUUUGGUUUCUAUCUCAGGGCUUGUCUGCAAACCAAAACUGACAUAUUCUGUGGUUCACUUUUUCUUUCUCAGCAGAAUGCUUUGCUUUUGUUUCAUUUCUUUGCUCUUCUUUUGUCUUAUGGCUUACUAACUAGUCUCCGUGAACUUCCCUUUGAAAGAGCCUGUGAAAAGUUAGAUGAGUCUAAAACAUGCUCUUUGAAGUAGCAGCAAACUGGGAGUGUAUGCUCUGUUGUACAGAAAUAAAUUGUCUUUGCUAUUUUCUUACAUUUAGCUUUGCUAAAUUGUACAUAAUUUGAGCUAAGAACAUAGGAAAUUUACUUUCUGCAUGGUGAAAUGACCCAAUAAAUAUUCCACUUUGCGUAAUAAUGUACAUAGAGUGCAUUUUUUUUCUACUCGUAGAUGAACUUUGUAACAGAUCAUUUUGUCUGUUCCCUGCUGAAACAGAAAAAAAAAACUGGGAAGCUUUUUUUGUAGACAUUUUGUGGUUUCAUGGGUAAAAGUACAUAGAUCAGCAGGAUUAGUGACUCAGUUGCUGUACUUCAUUAUCAAUGUGCUCAUGUUGACACUGAUUGAACUAAACUAGACCUUUUCAAAUAGUCUGGGGAUGUCAGACAUCCCAGACAUGCUGUAACUAAAGUAGUGUGUAAAUCAACUGAUUGUACAUUGUUUUGCUGGGAACUGAUUUUAGAUGUAUUUUACUUCCGACAGACUAUGAUUAAGUAAUCCACCUGUGCAUCCAUUAAGAGGUGCCACAGGAUUCUUACUGUUUCCAAGAACAUUUUAUGUAGUCUUUGUUAUAAAUUUUCAGAGGACCAUACUCUCUACUUUGAAGGACUAUUUUUUAAAUUAUACCUCAUUUAGCUAACUAGUAUUCUAAGACCUGGUAGAAAAACAGUGAGCCAGCCUGUAAGUAUCCAGUGAACUUUAGACUCUAUGUGUUGUUUUUUUCUUCACUUGAACUCAAGGCACCCUUGGGAAAGGUAGGUGAAAUCUUAGUUUAGAAUAAACUAUACAUGUCAUAUUCUAUAACAUAAAUAUGUGCAUUAUUACCCAUCUCCAUUAACAAAUUUAGGUGUGCAAUAGAUACAUUUUUGAAAAACUUUCUAAAUAAGAGAUUAUGACUGCAUUUUGUAGGUACUAAAGCUUAUAAAACUUUUCUUGUAAUCAGUGAGGGAUACAUUUAAACAGAUCUGUUUUUAAAUUUGUGAUUUAAAUCCCUUUGUAAAUUUAGUUCUUUGUUUUUAAAGAUGAACUUCCAAACUUAAAAACUUUAAAACUACAUCUCAUUACAUUGGUUUACUUAUCUCAAAUUUCAAGCACUCCUUUGUGCAAUCAACUUGUUUAAAAACUUUAAAAAACAAGAUAACAAUAGAAAAAAAACAGAAAAGACAUUCUUUUUUUUUUUUCCUUGUUACAUCUGGGGACAAAGAAAUAUUCAAGAAUGAAAUUCCUUCAUGGAGAGGGACCCUAGAAGGACAGAAUAUGCUACUAAAAUGUCAAAUUCUAGAAAAAUUAGAAGCAGUCCUUUCUUUAGGAUGUCAUGUUCACUAUAUA